AUGGACCGCGGGAUGUUUUCCGGUCAGACUGGACUCAACUUCAGCUUCAACCAGAGCGAUGACCGGGAGCCGGACGACACCCCCGCGGGCUCCGCCAAGCUCUCGCAGGCGGGCUUCGUCGUGCUGUCCGUGGUGCUGGGCUUCAUCAUGACCUUCGGCUUCCUCAACAACUUCGUCGUGCUCAUCUUGUUUUGCAAAUUCAAGAAGCUGCGGACGCCGGUGAACAUGCUGCUGCUGAACAUCAGCGUCAGCGACAUGCUGGUGUGUCUGUUCGGAACCACGCUCAGCUUCGCCUCCAGCAUCCGGGGGAGGUGGCUGCUGGGGCGCGGCGGCUGCAGCUGGUACGGCUUCAUCAACUCCUGCUUUGGUAUCGUUUCGCUGAUCUCUCUGGUGAUCCUCUCCUACGACCGCUACAGUACUCUGACUGUAUACAACAAAGGUGGGCUCAAUUACCGCAAGCCCCUACUAGCUGUUGGAGGCUCUUGGCUCUACUCCUUGUUCUGGACAGUGCCCCCUCUCCUGGGCUGGAGCAGCUAUGGCAUAGAGGGGGCUGGAACAAGCUGUUCUGUCUCCUGGACAGCUAACACAGCGCAGUCACAUGCCUACAUAAUCUGCCUCUUCAUUUUCUGCCUGGGUCUACCCGUCCUGGUGAUGAUCUACUGCUACAGCAGACUGCUGUGGGCGGUCAAACAGGUGGGAAAAGUCCGGAAGACUGCGGCUCGUAAGCGGGAGUACCACAUACUUUUCAUGGUCCUGACCACAGCGGCCUGUUAUCUGUUGUGCUGGAUGCCUUACGGCGUUGUGGCCAUGAUGGCCACCUUUGGUCCCCCCAACAUUAUUAGCCCGGUCGCCAGUGUGGUCCCCUCCCUCCUGGCUAAAAGCAGCACCGUCAUCAACCCCCUCAUCUAUAUACUCAUGAACAAGCAGUUCUACAGGUGUUUCCUGAUUCUGUUCCACUGCGAUCACUGGUCAUCGGAAAACGGCAACACUUCCAUACCCUCCAAGACCACGGUGAUCCCUCUGAACCGCAGGAUCUACACCAACACCGUAGCCCAGAUCUCCACCGAUAAUGCCAACUAGGUGUCGUCUCCCGAGUCAUCUGGAGCUCCACAACUCCAAGACGGACUGUCGUGAUCUCCGCACCGAUCAAUUUUUUAUUACAUUUGCUUUUAUUGUACCAAAUGUCUGCAUAAAGAAGUAGGAGUUUCUGCAUGGACGCCCGGCCCUCACCGCUAUGUGAUCCUCCAUUCUCCAACUGCAUUCGUUAUGAUCACAACAACCUCUGCUAUUAAAGGGAAACUUUCUGCCUGAUUUCCCGCCUGGAGGCAGAGCUUCUCUCUCAGUCUGACUCCGGAUGAAACUGUACUCUGAGAAACCCAGCAUGGACUUCCACAGACACUCGUCGAGGCUCGGCUUGCUUUUUUGGGGUCUUCACUUGUCAAAAUAAUUAAAGAAAAGCACAUUUUUAUGUUUUCUUUUUCCUUCACUGUGCAACUCUGUGUAAAACCAUCCCAAAAAUGUACAUUUGGAUGCAAAUGUUUGUCCUUUGAUGCCUUUUUGUGUUUGUUUCCCUGAAAACUUGCUCGCAGUUAUUGAUGUACGUGUACGUUUCUCAAACGUGCUUUGUUGUUUGGGCUUGCUCGCAAUAAAUCCACCACCUCUCCUCUAUGA